AUGGACACCUUACCAGACCUCCUGAAGGAGGCUGCCCUUAAGCUGCAUCACUCCAAACCACCUCCGCCAGAAGACUUCACAACAGACUCACUUCAAACAGAGCUGUUUAAGGAGCAGAAGUAUGCAAAACUUGCUGCCAGUCAAAAAGGGAAAAAGCCGCGACAACGCUCUACACGUGCUGACCUGAUCGAUAACCAGCAAAAAGACCAGGCUUUAGACACUAAAGAGCUACCUAGCGACUAUGUUAAAGCCUUUAAGACUGUUAUUACAAGUGAAUACAAACCAUCGUCAAAAGGACUGGAUAGUCUCACACCAAUCACUGUGAAUGAUCUCCUUGUUGGGAUCAUUCAUAGAAACAACUACAUUGUUUUGCGAACGAUCACAGACCCUGUCCGUAAAACAGGCAUCAAGACUAUCGUUGAAGAUCACGAAGGUCUGGCUGACACACUUACACUAUUCAAUGUGAACUAUGACCUCGACGAUCAGGCAUUUUUACCAAUCAACUCGUAUGUGUUGAUCCGGGCUCCAUAUUAUACCCUCGGUGUAUAUGGCUACUAUGGUGUACGGUGUGACCAUCCUUCAGAUAUUAUUAUGCUUCACCAUGAACAUAAUCUUGUCAAGCAGUUUUCAUGGCCCGCACUGCCAGAAAACAUGGACACCGUUUUGACUUGCGAAGUGUUGAAGGACCAAGGUAACACUCUCUUCAGCGAAAAAAAACACCAGUGGGCCUGUACAAAGUACACAACAGCACUACAGCAAAACGAGUCUUUGAAGGAGCAAAACCUCGACAUGUGGGUUGCGUUACAUUCAAACAGGGCUGUCUGUCGCCUCAAGAUAUUUCAAUACGAAGGCGCAAUCAGUGAUUGUGAGGAGGUAUUAAAAUGUCUUCCAAAGAACAAAAAAGCAAUGUUUUUGAAAGCGCGGGCUUUUUACUUCCUUCGACGGUUCGAUAAGUCAGCUAGAGCCUGUGAGGAUUUGAUCGCCGAGUACCCAGAUCUGGACGAAGCAAACAACCUCUUGGACGAAUGUUUGGAUCGUCUGAGGGAGUCCUCCCGGGGAGACUAUGACUUUCGUAGCAUGGAAGACAAAGCCCGUUCGGAAGACGUAGCUCGCCUAGAUCAUGCCGACUACAUUGGUCCUGUGCAGAUCCUCCAAUGCCGCGACCCUGCCAAAGGAAGGGGGCUCUUUGCGACACGAGACAUUCGCCAAGGUGAGCUUUUGCUCUGCGAAAAGGCCUUUGUGGUUACGACCGAUACCCCGAAAAGGUAUUAUUUGACUUUCAACACUGUCCGUAAGGAAGUGUUCAGCGGCCCAAGAGCUCAACUGCCUUGUCAACUAAUCCGCUUCAUUUACGACAACCCGUCCACAGCUAAUUCUAUCAUGCAACUCGACUCAGGCGGUAGAGGCAAGCGGUCCUCGAACAUCCGUUAUACACCGGAGGGCCAGCCAAUAAUCGAUGCUUUCACUGUAAGCAACAUUGUCGGCAACAAUUUGCUUGAGCUCGAAGGUGUCCCUCUAGGUUUAGAAGAGAAGGAAGAGCCGAAAGAGAAAGAAAAGGAUGAUCAGCGCGAGACAUGGGGUGGUGCAUGUGGUGUAUGGGUCAUGACAUCUCACAUGAACCACAGCUGUUUAGAAAACGUGGGCCGCACCUUCAUUGGAGACUUUGUGAUUGUCAGAGCCACUAAAGGUAUCAAAAAAGGCGAUGAGUUGUUCCAGUCGUACGCUGAUGUCACCAAGCCACUCAAGGACAGACAGUACAUCUUCAAAAAAAUGGGCUUCAUGUGCAAGUGUGCUAUGUGCAGGUAUCAGACAUACAUGUCUACAAAAGAGAACCAGGAGAGAGAAAAGGCUGUGAAAAAUUUCACAAAAUUCCAAGACGCAAGCACCAAGAAGAUCGCGAAGAUGAGCCCAGAUCUGGCUCCUCAAGUGCGGAAGCAUAUUGAUAUCAUUUUCCACACCUACUCAAACCCUGCAUUCUGCACAGAGCUGUUGAGGCCAUAUGGAGUUUUGUCCACCCUGCAGUUCACAUCUAACCAUUUGAAAGGAUGUGCCAAUAGCCUGUGCAGGAUCGUGGAGCUGGUUGCUGGAUGUGAUCCCCUCGCAGAUGAGGAAUUUGAACCCAAACUGUGGCUAUCUGAGUACGUUUACUAUUUUUUGUACUUGUGCAUUGUCUUUGACCUCCUCGAAGACAAGAAGAAUUAUGAAAAUUGUUGGAAGAAGGCGAAAAUGAUUCUAGGGAUCCUUUCUGGAGUUGGCUAUGAAUCUGCUCGAAUUGAGGAAGCGAUUCGGUGCUUUCGGCACAGCAUGCGCCUCUAUUGA